AUGCCGUUGCUUGCGGAGCGUCCGCGCUCUUCGCAAGAGGCGCUCCUCCAACUCGAGAAGGGUACAGCCAGCCCAACUACUCAAUUACAUGAAGCGGCGCAGAUUCUCGGCUUGGACUUGGCGCUAUGUGAUAGUCAUCCGGAAGUCCACCGGGAUGUUCGGAUUCAGGCCAACGCUACCCCGAAGGAGGAAUGGGUUCUACGCUGGUUGUUGAAGAGACUACGAAGUGGGAAGAACUACAGACUGGACGCGGCUUCAUUCCUUUUGUUGCGACAACUUAUCGACCUUAUCUCGCCCAAAAACCUUGCCGCUGUUCUAAAGGAUCAAAAGUUCCUCUCGAUUCUAUGUGAGACAUUUGCAGAUCUGGAAACCAACAUUUUUGCCGCUCUUGAGAAUGGACUCACGACCCUGGGUUCUGACUCAGAAUCGAGUCACACAUUGGCUGGGUCUCCGCCCCGUGAUGAUCGCCGAGGGAAUCAAGGGAAGAAGCGGAAGAGAAUGACAACUGAAACCGAUGCAGACCCUAUGGAAGUAGACGAACAUCGACAGAGCCCCGCAGCAUGCUUCCUCGCUUUCAUUCGCGCCUUGGAUUGUCUUCACGGAUUUAUGUCACUUUCACAACGUACACUGGGUACCGACGGAGUGGCAAACUCACACCUCAAGCUUGCGCUGAGGGGUGAACCUGAGGCUGUCGCUAUGCUGCUGGGUCGAUCAUUCCGGGUCGCCGCCGUGGCCGCCAAGCAGUUUUCGCAUGCGGGACAAACAACCGAUCUUCAGCACCUGCUUUACGUGUUUCCUUCUGCAGUGGAGCUGUGGGAGUUAAGGUCUUACCGCCACGAUGAUGGAGACAAUAAAUCCAGCAAUGAAUUCUUCGCGAGACACUGCUUUGCCCACGCGCUUAGGCUCCAGAUUUGCCUAAGGUCCGCCAAACUUGACACCGAUGAGCGGGCCCAUCUUCUUCAUGCAAUUGAGCGCAUUAUAGCCCUUCAUGUCCUGCUUCCGGCUCGCGCUGCAUUCUUUGAGCGCGGGGGCUCUGGAAUCGACUAUUCUAAAGAUGAGCCUGACUGGAGCUCAGUCAAGCCAGUAACUGAUACGUUCAGACCGAUCAUCCGUGAGUUUGCUGUGGCCAAGGAAAAUCAACCAUCGAAAGAAGGACAUGUGCAACCUUGGCGAUCAGUUGAGCUUCUCCCUGAGCUUUUCGACAAUGCUGUACGUGCUGUCCCUAGAGAUGUAUUCCGGCGUCAGACUCAUGAAGCUCCUUGGUUGGAGACCUUGUUUGUCGCUGUUGCGGAGCUGUCAUUCUCUACUGCAAAGGAGGAAGACUUCGCCACUUUUUCUACUAAAUUCAUCUCAGUCUUGGAACAGCUUCUUCAGGUAGCCCUUGACCGAAAUGUCGGCCUCUCUUUGCAUACCAUUCUCGCACAUGCCAAUUACACCGGUCUGUUUGAAGAAGGUCUUGAAAAGGUCCAAUGGAAAGUUACGGCUCUGUUCAUCGGUCUUGGUGUCGACAUCUUCCUACCAAACUCUGGGUUGCCUGAUUCGCGCAACCUUCUUGAUGCAUUGCUCGACAAAGUCUUGCUACACUGGCGCGAGAAUGGCUCCAGGAGCACAAAUAGUCCCAAUGUGAUCAAGGAUAAAAUCGUGCUCCCGUUAAUGCGAGGGUUUGCUGCGGCAAGAGACCUUCCCAACUUCAUGGAAAUUUGGCACAAUCAACUCGCUACCGUGGAAGAAUCUCGGCAACAUAACAGCAAUCUGGGUCUUUUCUCGGUUUGGGAGGACGAUGAUCUGUCGGAUGCUUAUUCAGACCUCAUGCGAACUUCUCUCACCGAGUCGCAUGUUGCUGCUCAAAUGCGUACCGCCGCUGAAGAAACGAGAGGAGAUAAUGGCCGGGUUGCCGAAACUCCUCAAUCCUACGCGAAAUUUGUUAUUGCUGAAGCAAGCUUCCGUGGCCGAGUCGCACCAUUUUCGGAAUCCGAGCAAACCUUGUCACAUCUUCUUGAGACUUUAACCUCCACUCUGAACUCCAAGCAGGCUUUCCACUGGCGAUGGCGUUUGUGGCGUUUGCUCCGGAAUUUCCUGAGCAACACUUUGCAGUCUGCUGAAACCAAACUAGCACAUGCAAUCAUGGAAUUGGUUGCGGUCGCCGAAAAGACCGUGCAUCGCAAUCAUAAGGACUUGAGCAAAAGGCAGCUUGCUUCGCUAGAGUCAUGGGAGGCCUACCGCUUUUCGAUCGUUGCGAUAAAAGCACAUGCUAGCGAGACUCAGCUCAGUUCCUUCGUCAAAAUCACUAAGGAUGUCACAAACCUUAUCACUUCCAUCUCGACCAAGGAUGCCAAGAACUCAAUGAAGACUCCAUGGAAUGGCCGAACGGACUCUGUGGAGUCUCAAACCAACCUAGGUCUGGCUUAUUUCCUGGCUCUUGUCAGAGUUCCAGAAGUCUGGGCUCUUAUUGGCUCUGAUGAUCGAUCGCGCCUUUUCCGGCAUAUCCUGUCACUGGCAGCUGCUCAGUAUCAUUCGUCCUCGUUGCCCCUGGAGGCUGUCGCAGAAGAAGCAAGAUUCCUCCAAGCAUGGGCUAGCGUUGUGUGCCACGAAUACAUGCUCAAUGCCCCUUUCAUUGUCGCUGAUCUCUCGCUUCUCCUCAAUGAGAGUAUUGAGCAAGAUUCUUCCAACCGGAGACUCCUGAUCGAAAGUUUGCAACGAGUUCCAGCUCCUUUGAUUACUCGGGGGCUGAGGACCAACAUCUUAAAUAGGUUGCAAAAGGUUCUGCUCCAGCAAGAAAAUUCUCCCGAAGUAUUGGUUGGCAUAAUCACCAUGAUGGCGAAGUUGACAAUCAUGCCAAAAUGCGAUGCCACCCUCACCAGUGACUGGGAGCCUAUUUGGACCGUCGCUCGCGCGGUAACAUUAGAGGGCACUGAUACCGAUCUCCUGAUCAUGAAAUCAUUCCGAAGCCUAUAUCGUGCCAUAUUAGCCAAGCUCCUAGCUUUGACCGAUGAUGAUCGAAAGAAGCUGUUCAAGAAACUCUUUUCCAGAGUAUCAAAGCAAACGACGAAAAUGAGAGAAGUGGAUCGUAAUUCCAUGGCUUGUUUCCUUUUGCGAUUGACUUUGUCAGAACUCUGGGUCCACCGCAAGCAACUGCAGACUGCCUUCUCAGAGAAGGAUUUGGCCGAGUGCCGCCAGAAAGUAUUUGAUUUGGUCCUGGCUGACAUGAAAUAUGUCAAAGACCAAUGCAGAAAAGGAAAGCUGGAAGAGACCAUCACUCUUAUCAAGACCAUCGACGCUCUUGAAGAUUUCGAAGAUCUUGCCACCAACAACAUUGAAGUGGAGAAGUUCUUGUCAAAGAUCGAGAAUUACAUGGAGAUGUCCAUUGAUUCAGGCCCAUCGCGGUUGAUUCGACGCCGUCUUCUUGCCAGCAAGGGUCCCGAGAAGAACAUCGCUCAGCCGGUUUUGCAAUGCGCCGAGACCCUCAGCCUGCAAUCCCUCUAUGCUGAGGACCAGCAGCUCUUCAUUCGGGCUAUGACCGAACGUUUCCGCUCCAUGCCCGUGGAACGCAUUACUCAAGCAAUCUGCGAGGUUCGCGGGCUUGGCUUGAUUGGACAAAAUGCCGGAUACAGACUGUUAGUCAUCUAUCUCGCCGUUGCUUCCCUGUCCCCCGUGGAAGACAAGGAGAGCGCCACUGCACGUGAGAUCUCUUUGCUCUGCACGGCUCUCGCUGAAGCCAUCCCGCAAAGCACAAGCAUUGACCAAUUCUGUUUCGCAUCGGAAUGCCUCGAUCUUCUCCUUCGCAGUCAUACUCGCUGCCUCUCCCAGUGCAACAUUGACGCCAUCCUGGCCGCUAUCGCUAGUGCAUCCUCCAAGAUUGGGCCACAGAUAUCUUCCACCUACGCUCCAACCAUCUACACCCGUCUGUGUCGUCUGAUGGGUGUUGUCCUUAGCCUUCAGCGCCUGAAGAUCGGUGGACGCUUCCACCUCGUGGUAAACGCCAUGCAACGACUCCUGGGCUGUCUCUUUGCGCGCUCCCGCAAACGUGGCCGCUCGGCGCGUUCCCAGACAACUCUCUCGCAGCCCUUCUGGCUUGCCCCGCUUGACGCCUCCCAUGCCACCUACUACACCCGCUUGCUCACCUCACUCUGUGAUCCUACUGUUUCAGCUGUCCUCCGUCCUCAGCCUGGUGCGUCUCGCGAUGCGCUGACUGACCAGACGAAGAAAGCCAAGCGUAUUGCUGGCCAGUAUUUGCAGUACGUUGUCAUGGAGUAUGCGCAGUGCUCGCUUCGCGGGUCAUUGUCCCCGGAUGUCAAGGCUGCUAUCAUGCCUGGUCUCUAUGCUGCUCUGGAUGUUAUGUCUCGGGAGUCUAUGCGUGCGCUGAACGCCGCGUUAGAUGUCUCUGGUCGAGCUGUGUUCAAGUCACUUUACGACGACUAUGUGAAGUUCGGCAAGUGGAAUAAGGCUUAA